AUGCGCCUACAUUGUCCUUUGCUUUUAGGAGCGUUCGUGGCAACAGCUUAUGGCCAUGGCAAUCUCGAGGCCCGUAGAGAGUUUCUUGCCAGUCAUACGAACAACCUAAACCACUGCGGAUCUAUAAACAAAGAUUCCGGGCUUUAUCAGCGAGCGAUUGAAAGGCGUGAGGCACUCAUUGAUCACCUCCUAGCUGAGCGGAGACUACAGAGACGUCAAGUUUCCUCUGUCAACACACCUCAUAAAUCUGAUAAGCCUUAUACCGCCUCAACAGCUCCAUCUGUUGUCUUUGCUGGAAAUAAAUCAUGCGUUUUGAGCCCUGAGACGACUGAAGGGCCGUUCUAUGUGACUGGCGAAUCUAUUCGCACCAAUCUUGUUGAUGGGCAAUUGGGAGUACCGCUUCACUUAGAUAUCCAGGUUAUUGAUGUGAACACAUGUCUACCCCUCAACGGCACGUUCCUUGAGAUGUGGUCUGCCAAUACAACAGGUGUCUACAGCGGAGCUCUCGCCAUUCCCAACGGCUCCGGAAUGGGCGACAAAGCCAACCUCAACAAGCAAUUCCUCCGCGGUAUUCAAAAAACAGAUGACGACGGCGUCGUUCAAUUCCAAACAAUCUUCCCAGGCCACUACACAGGGCGAGCGACUCACAUCCACGUCAUCACGCACCUAAACGCCAAAGCAGAAGCCAACAACACAGUCUUCAACACAAAAGUCACGCACAACGGCCAAGCAUUCUUCGACCAAGAUCUCAUCGACAAAGUCGAGAAAACCGCGCCUUACAACACGAACAAACAAACCGGAACCAAAAACGCUAAAGAUGAUAUUCUUCUGCAAGAAGCCGCGACCGCGGAUCCGUUCUUUGAGUAUGUGCUGCUGGGGAGUGAUUUGAAGGACGGGAUUUUUGCGUGGUUUUCUUUUGGGGUUAAUCCGAAGUUGUAUCGGGGGAUUAUGGCUGUGGCGGAGAAUUUAAAGGGGGGUGGGAAGAUGAAGACGGAUAACCCGAAGUUACAGGGGUUUGAUGGGUUGUUUCCGGGGGGUUUCCCGACUAGUUGGCAGCCUGGGUUUGGGCCGAGUCCGACGAUGAAUGCUGUGACGCCGACCAAAAGUUGA